GGGAGGGGAGGGGUGGGCGGCGGCGAUAGUUGGGAGUGUCGGGCAAGACUGGGAUGUUGAGCGAAGAUUCCGAGUCACCGAAGUGGCUUUGGCGAUUAUGUGGUGCUGUGCAUCCGCAUAUCUUUCUUACUUUUUUGCUGAUUGUAUGAUGUCUCGAUGGCUUUUGAACUAUACCCCGCCAGCUGUUGUUAUUCGUCUCCUCACUACGAACGGGUUGAUUGCUUAUAUAACUUCUUGGGUCCUUUAUCUUUCCGGGGCUUCUUAUGACCCCCGUCUGCUUCUCCCUGCCUGGAUCUCCAUCACGACGACCCUCACCUUUCUCUACCACGCCACGCAAAACCAUGCCACGAUCAAGCGUGAAACGGCGGCGGCGCUGCUCGUCGUCGCGGUCGCCAGCUUCGUGAGCAUGUCCUCCUUGCUCCUACAGUUGCACCUCACCCGCGAGAACGAACCCGAGGUGCCCGUCUUCGUCAUCACCCGGAAACUCUGGGACUGGGCGGUUCAGAUCUUCCUGCGCAUGCGUGUUGCGGAUAGUCGGGCGUAUCGUCCGGGCGAACUGUGAAGACGGACUGACUGUAAGAGUAACCCAGGUAGAUAAUGAUUUCGUAUGGGCCAUGUCCAUUUCGUGGUUUCCUUAAGUCAACUGUUCCCAUAGCUAGCUACUACCUCCAAUCUACC